GCGCAGGUUCUAAACCGAGCAGCGGCAGGCAUGGCGGUGAAUGUUUACUCCACGUCAGUUACUAGUGACAACCUCAGUCGUCAUGAACUGCUGACCUGGAUUAACAGCUCCCUCCGCAUGAACCACGCCAAGAUUGAGCAGCUGUGUACAGGUGCUGCCUACUGUCAGUUCAUGGAUAUGUUGUUCCCAGCUUGUGUGCCAUUGAAGAAAGUAAAAUUCCAGGCCAAAUUGGAGCAUGAGUAUAUCUACAAUUUUAAAAUUCUUCAAGGAAGCUUUAAAAAGCUCGGGGUGAAUAAAAUUAUACCAGUGGACAAGCUUGUAAGAGGGAGAUUCCAGGAUAAUUUUGAGUUUGUGCAAUGGUUUAAGAAAUUCUUUGAUGCUAACUAUGAUGGAAAGGAGUAUGAUCCAGAAGUGGCUCGACAGGGGCAGGAGGUUGCUGCCUCCCAGUGUCCGGCUCCAGGUUCAGGCAGUAAAUCUCGGAAAGGCAGUUUGGACGCGCAGAUCAGUUCAGUGAAGCCCACAGCUCCAGUUGCUCCACUGAGACUGGCCGCAGCUUCUCCCAAGAGGGCAACUCCUCCAGCCCAGAGAACAGAUACAGUGACUGGAGAACAGCUCAUUCAGAUGAUGAAUGAUCUAAAAUGCAACAUAGCAGAGUUGGAAAAGGAGAGGGACUUUUAUUUCAACAAACUGAGGAACAUUGAGCUGGUUUGCCAGGAAAAAGAGGGGGAAGCCAAUCCCACGCUGCAAAAAAUAGUUGACGUUUUGUAUGCUACAGAUGAAGGUUUUCAGAUCCCAGGGGAAGGUGCUGAUGAACCAGAAGAGUUUUGAGCAAUCUUAGGCCAUUGCUUGAUUUCAUGUUAAGCUCUUGUUCAUGCGAGUUCUUGUUCAAGUGCCCUAAACGGAUGAUUGUUACACAUGCAGACUGCCAUCUUCCUUCAGUUGGGUGUCUUUUGAUCUUUUGCACAUUUACUUUUUUGAAUGUUUUAUAUUUGUAAAUGUUCCAU